AUGAGUAAACAUGGACAGUGCCACUUAUGUGACGCUACAUGUGAGCAGUGUUCGGGUCCAGAGAGAGAAGAGUGCACCAGAUGCCCUGCAACACGGUUCUUCGAUGAUGGACGCUGUGACAUCCGCUGCCAGAAGGGCCGAUACACUUUAGGGAAGCAGUGUCAUCUUUGUCACCACACUUGCCAGGAGUGCACCGACGCAGGACCUGACAACUGCACCAGCUGUGACAAAGAUAUGCUGGGGGUGUCGAGGUACCUGUUUGAGGGUCAGUGUCGCGAGGCCUGUCCAGAGGGGUUCUUCCAUUCGGCAUGGAAGCGGUGUGAGCCCUGCCCUGCCGACUGCCUCGUCUGUACGGCUGUAUUUCACUGCCUCCGCUGCAGUGCAGGACACAUGCUCAGAAAAGGCCAGUGCGUCCCGUUGGAGUGUAGCACAGGUGAAACUGCUGAUGCAGAGAAAAAGGACUGUCUCCCUUGUGACGAAGGCUGUAAGCAGUGUAAACACAGAGGCACACAUCAUGAGGACGGAACAGUUUGUCUAAAAUGUGAAGACAGUUACUACCAGUUAGAGUCAGACUGUUAUCAGUCGUGUCCAGAUCAGACGUACAGUGUUGAUGAAAAGAUGGUGUGCGCUCCAUGUGAAGACAAACACUGUGUGAACUGUGACGCCACCCAGUGUUACUUGUGUGAAGAGGGAUUCUACGUCUAUGAUGGAGUGUGUGUAGACCAUUGUAAGCAGGGUUUCUUUGUGGACGAGGAGAGCCAGGACUGUGAGCCUUGUCACCGUGCCUGUAAGACCUGCGGAGGACCACGAUUCGACGACUGUGACUCCUGCGAAGAGGGAUUCACCCUAAAGAAAGGGGAGUGUUUGGAGGCCAGACAGCUGGAGCUCUGCCCUGAGAAACACUUCAGAAACCGUAAGGGUGAAUGCAAGCUUUGUCACUCCACUUGUAAGACUUGUUCGGAUGCAGGAAAGGAGGACUGUCUCAGUUGUCACUCAGGUCACUUUCUGACUGCCCAACAGACCUGUGUGACUCGUUGUCGGCCUGGUACGUUUGCCAACAAGGCGUCGGGCCAGUGUGAUGACUGUUCCAGAGGGUGUGUUGUGUGCCAGGAUGCCCAGCACUGCCAAAAAUGUCGCAAAGGGCUUUACUUGCAGGACGACAAGUGUGUAACGAGCUGUCAGAGAGGGUUUCCUCAAGGUGUCGUAUGCCAGCCGUGUGUGCCGCAGUGUGCAUCCUGCCAGGGAAACGCCUCCCACUGCAUGAGCUGUGACGAACAGUACUUUCUAGUGGACCACUCCUGCAGGUCACAGUGUCCAGAAGGUUAUUACACCUCUGACAAAGAAUGCCAUUCCUGCCCUGAAGACUGUCUGGAGUGCACUGAGGACGGCCUGUGUCAGAAAUGUGCCGAUUAUUACUUCCUCCACAAGGAUAAGUGUGUAGAUGACUGUCCCAUUGGGUUCUUUCCCGAUGAGAUGCAACAGGAGUGUGUGCGCUGUCACAGAGAUUGUGCCUCAUGUGAUGGACCAGACGAUGAUGAUUGUGACGUGUGCAGCAACCCGAAAGCUGUACGGUACAAUGGAGAGUGUCUGGCUAACUGUCCCACCUGGACUUACUAUGACAAGUCUACCAACGAGUGCAGAGAUUGUGACAAGACGUGUCUGACUUGCUCAGACCAGGAGCCCUCAUCCUGCCUCACCUGUGGACAAAACAGGACUAAAGAUGCCAGUGGACACUGUGUUUGGUACAGUGAGUGCUCCCUGCGCUCCUACAUGGACCAGAAUGGAGAAUGCCAGACAUGUCCCAAGUCCUGCCACCGAUGCUUUGGCUCGGGUGAAGAUCACUGCCUCAGCUGUGAAGAGCCACGCUUUCUACUGAACAACACCUGUGUGCUGGAAUGUCCUGUGGGUUACUACGCUGAGGACAAGGAUGAGCGUGUGUGUGAGCGCUGUCACUUCAGCUGUAAAUCCUGUCGUGGUCGUCACAGCACAGAGUGUGUGGCCUGUAAACCUGGACUCUUCCAGCAGGGAAAAAGCUGUGUGGAAACCUGUUCAGAGAGUCACUUUGGAAACACCAGCACCUUGACCUGUGACCGCUGUGACCCCUCUUGUAAGAUGUGCUGGGGUCGGAGUAACAGGAACUGCCUAAAGUGUCGGGAAGAUUACUAUUACCUGAGGCAGAAGGCACAGUGUCUGCAGAGCUGCCCUGCAGGAUACUACCCCAACAGCCAGGAAAAAACCUGCCACAAGUGUCACAGCAGUUGCAAAACGUGUGACGGUAUGGGUGCUCUUUCCUGUCUGACCUGUUAUGAAGGGUAUACAUUUUCUGGAUACAAGAGUGGCAUCUGUAUUUCCCAGUGUUUUGUUGGCUUCUACGCUGUUUCACAGGAUUCCAAGUCUCAGAGCACUAAUCCAAUCUGUAAGCCAUGUGACCCGUCCUGCGUGGACUGUCUCGGACCCAGUAAGUGGAACUGCACAGUGUGUCCCGCCUCCCAGAUCCUGACCGAUGACGGCCGCUGCCUGAGCUGCUGUGGAAAUGAGACACUUCGUGAUGGUGAACUAUUACCCUGGCACUGCUGCAAGUGCCACAUCUCUGAAGAGGAGUGCUUCCUGGGGGAAAACUUUACACUGAGAGACGACUUUGAGGGACAGUUCAGCUCUGUCAGGGUCUUCGUCACCGUCUGUGUCCUCCUCAUCAUCUGUAUAGGCGCAGGCGUCUUCGUUUUCCUCAACACUCGCCUGAAAACCAUCAUCCCAAACAAAACCAAAGCAGGAGGCUACGUGAAACUGGGCGCCAACGGUGUCGCCGCCUCACAGCCUCCUGCCACCUCCUCCUCUUCAUUUGGGGAUUACAGUGACCGAAUCACUGCAUGUGAAGAUGAUGAGGAGGAGGAGGAUGAAGAGGAUGAUAUUGUGUACAUGGCACAAGAUGGGACAGUGUAUCGGAAGUUUAAAUAUGGGCUGUUGGAUGAUGAGGAGGUCGACCUGGAGUAUGACGAUGAGAGCUACUCCUACAGAUGAAACGGACAUGGACUGAAUCAGUUAUUUGCAAUGUUGAAAACUACUUGAAAGAGAGUGGGAUGAGCGGCGUUCAGCUGCAAAGACGUUGAAAUAAGACAGUACAUUCAGCAGGUGAAGAAGUUGGAACCAAGGACAGACUUAAACACAGCCUAAAACAUUCCACAAUCACAAAGCCAUUGGAAACCUACCAGCCACUUAUUAAUCAGUACAUUGAUGAGGAUAUCGUGUGUUAUUUGAUUUUGUUUGGAUUUCAUUUGUGCAAUAAAUUAGUUUCUGUGUUAGUAUAAGUAUAAACAUUCUGAUAAAUACCAUAAAUACUCAUCUGUGUUUGUUGCAUUUUAACCCUAAGACCUAAACAGCCGCACAAAAUAAAAGC